AUGUCUAGAAUACACAAGCGCAAGUCGAGCAAGGAGGAGGAUGACACCGUCGUCCCUGUCAUCCGCGCCGAGGCCAGCACAUCAAACGGCGUUCCCAGCAGGCCAAACAGCGCCGAGCACGGUCACGCGCGCUCGCGUACACUAUCCACGCCCGCAGGAUUGACUCUCUCCGUGACGCCGCCCUCCACGACGAGCACAGGCUUUCCCGCGCCCCCGAGUCCACUCUCGCCUGGAGGCUCGCAGCGGAGCUCGACUCUGCCGUUUUCUCGGCCAAAUGGAGUUUCAACGCAUCACGCCCCCGCUUCGCCGAUGCGCAUGUCGUUCUCGAUGCCCUCGCACAUGGCCAGCCAGUCACACGGCAGGACGCGCUCCAUAUCCGGCUAUGCGUAUUCGCCACCUUCGCCAUCCCCUCUUUCAGCGUCUUUCCCUCCAAUAGCCAAUCCUUCGGCUUCUGGCUCAAUGCCAGAAAUGAAUCGUCAUCAACGCACGGGUAGCCGCUCCAACUUCACAAUACCCCCCGCCGCACCUCAGUCCUUCAAUCAGGAUCGUGCCACACCUCCGCCCCUCCCGCCACCCACUACUUCGGCCAACGCCCGACGCCAUGCGCGCCUACACUCUCGCAACCUUUCCGUGUUCUUCCCUCGACCUGGUGCUCAGUCUCAGCCAACUAUCGACGAAGAUGGCGGGCAGGAGAUCGAAUACAAGGAGACACCCGAGAUAGUCAUGCCCACCGCUUCUCCGCGGGGAAAGCUAGGCGAGGGCUUCACUUUCGGCGGUCGACCCCCAUCCGACUCAAUCACGUCCAAUGGCGAUGAUUCGGGCUCUGAACCGCCUUCUGCGGGGCCCCGCAAGGCGCGACGCGGGCACCAUCACAAACACUCAAUGUCGCACAACUUCUUCUCGUUCCUUGAGCCCGGCGCGAACGGCCGACCACAAGCAACUCUCGGUCCUUCACAGUCGGAAAGCGGUCACCUAUCUGCCGCACCGUCAGCUCCCAUCACACCCGUAUCUGCGGUGACACCAGCGAGUACAGUCACCGGCCGCACCAGUCCCUUCGCCUUCCAUAAGGACGUCGGCCGCAUCCCACUGGACGCCUUACUCGCGUUCUCCGUGCAGUUCAUACUGGGCGCAUGGCUAUGGGUCUCCGGGCAAGCAGUGGGCUCGUUGGCAUGUACCGGCCUGGGGUAUUGGGUUGUGUUCGACGCCAUAGGCGUGGGAGUAGGCAAGAUCUUGCCCGCCUAUUUGCAGCGCCCCGGGCUGCAAUCGCCGCUCGGGCGUCCAUACGGGAACGCGCGAGUCGAGACGGUUGCGCUCUUCGCGCAGGGGGUGUACUUGAUGUUCUCCGCCGUAUACGUCUUCAAGGAGACCGUUGAACAUCUGCUGCUUUCGGCUGGAGAGGGCCACCACCAUCAUCCGGGAGACGAGGACAUCGAGAUCGACGGCAUCGACUUUCCUAUCAUGUUGCUCUUCUUCACCUUCCUUUCAUUACUCGUCAACGCUCUAUCAUUCGACAACCACUAUCAACUCGUUAACAUCACCGGAAACCGUUUACCGCCCAUAUCAAAGCUACUGGACCCCUCACGAUUCAAGUACUCAUCAUAUCGUCCUGAACCUACGAAUGCGCUCGGCCGUUUGGCUGAGAACCCCUACUCGCUCAUCGCCGUCGCGCUGGCCGCGUUCAUCCCCCUGGUCUCCAUCCUCAUUCCAGCAACCGAGCACCGCGCCAUUGACCUACUCCUCGCUGCAGCCGAGGCAGUAGCCAUGUUCACCCUCGCCUAUCCAGCCUGUACAUCAACCGGCACCGUCCUCCUCCAAACCGCACCCCGCCGCGGCCUCACACACGGCCGCACCGAAGGCUUCCUGCGCGCUAUGCGCGAGAUCGAACGACACCCACAAGUCCAACACCUCCCUCCCCCACACAUCUGGCAGCUCGUACCGGUCGAAGCCACUCCCAGUCCAGGAGCGAGUGGUGUGCAACCGCUCGUUGUGGCGUUGGAGUUGAGGGUGGAUAGGAAGUUGGAGGACGCGGAGGUGUUGAGGUUGACGAGGUGGGCGCAUGGGAGGUGUUCGCAGGCGCUGGGCCUGGGCACGAGGGAGGCGGCUGAGUAUGUUACUGUGGGGAUUGUUAGGGGAUGA